AUGGACUCUCAUGAUGUCAAUACAAUGGUUUCAACCACUACACAUCCACUCCAGGAGUCACAUUCACCUCAAGAAUCGCAAGAGUCACAUUCACCUCAAGAACCACAAGAGUCACAUUCCUUUCAAGAGUUAUAUUCCCCUCAAGAGUCAUGUUCGCUCCAAGAAUCAUGCGAAUCAUGUUCGCUCCAAGAAUCAUGCGAAUCAUGCUCGCUUCAAGAAUCGUGCGAAUCAUGCUCGCUUCAAGAAUCAUGUUCAUUUCAAGAGUUACAUCCACUUCAAGGGUCCCAAGAAAUUUCCUCACUUCAAGAAUCCCGAGAGACACCUCCAUCUCAAGAAUCCCAAGAAACAUCACCACUUCAAGAGACCCAAGAACCUCAUUCGUUUCAAGAAGUAUAUUCUGUAGUUACACACACAUUAACAUUACAAGAGCCACCACCAAUAUUAACACACCCAUUACAAUUGCAAGAUUCAUUAACAAACAUUGAAUCUCCUUCUACAACUCCAUCAUUAACCGCACAAAUGUCUAUGCUUUUUGAUGGUAUACGCGAUCCUACUCAAAACAAUCAAUCAGUAACAACCAUAACAAUAACCCCUAAUGAUCCUUUUCAAAUAUUGGAACCCAUUCAACCUCAAGAAAAUACACCAUUAAUUAAAAAUUUUUUUGUUUAUGGCUUUAUAUUUUUACCAUUUUGGUUUAUUGGUGCUU